AAAAAAAAAAAAAAAAAAUGGUCGACACCCGGUAGUGUGUUAAGUACAUGUUCACACACUUCCAGACUUGAAUUCCACAUUUACAAAUGUUUUUUAAAUAUUAAAUAAAAAACAUUGUUAUACAAUUAUUCAGAUAAACGUUGAGAGAGAUAUCAUGAAGGCCAAGACAAAAACAAAGAAGAGUGUUGGGAAAUUAGGUAGAUUAAAAUAUCCAGCAAAAAAAGAGUCACCAAUAAAUAAUGACGAAGGUGAAGAUUUGUCGUUGUUAAGAAAACCAAUUGAUACAAGCUUAACAAGUUUACGACAAAUUGUAAAGCUAUUUGAUAAUGGUAGUGAUGAAGUUAAAUCAAUAUUGGAUUAUGAAUGUGAUAUUAUUUAUGAAUGUAGAAUAUGUCGUAGUUUAACAAGAUCAUUUGCUAGUUUUUUAUCACAUAAACGUGUUUAUUGUCAACAAAAAUAUGAUGUUACAUUUUAUAAAGAUGCACAUAAUCAUUCAAGCAUUAAUCCAUAUAAAUCAAAGGAGUGCAGUCCAAGUGUUGUUGAUCAAGAUACAAAAGAAAAUUAUAAAACUAAAAAUCAAGUAACAAAAGAACCAUGUAAAAAAGAUUUAACAUCAGUUGUUGAAAUGUUACAAAAAAAACGUAAAGAAGAUGAAGAAAUAAAUAAUAAACCAAUAAGAAUAAUAAGUGAUAAUGAACAGGUAUUACUUGAAGUUAUGCAUAAAAAUAAUGUUGCAUAUCAAAGUGUAAUUGAGCCUGAAAAUACAAAAAUUGAAGAAAAUGAUUUAAUGAAAGCACAAACAAGUGAAAUACAAAAUAUACUUGAAUGUGAUACAGCUGUACUUGGUCCAGAUGGUCAUUUAAUUGAAAUAAAUACAUUUGAAAAAAUAACAAGACCAAAACCAAUAUUUACAAAAAAAGAUGAUGAUAAAACAACAGCAUUAAAUACAAGUUUAACAUGUUCAUUAUGUAAUUCAAAAUUUUCAACUAAAAAAACAUUAACAUUUCAUAUGAAAUCAUUACAUACACCACAUAGAAUGGUAUAUCCAUGUCCAUUAUGUUCAACAUUAUUUACAAAUCCAUGGGGUGUUUAUCGUCAUUUAUUUAAAAUACAUAGAAAAACAAAUGAACAAGUACGUAAAAUGCGUGAUCAAAUACAAGAAAAAGCAUAUAAAACAUCAACAACACGUGCACAAGAUAUUGAAAAAUAUUGUGCAAAUGAAAAAUUAAAUAAUUCAUUAACAAAUGGUUAUUUUAAAAAAAAUGAAACUGAAGAAUGGAUGGCACAUCUUGAGAGUGAUGGUGAUUUUCAACAAUGUGGUGGUUGUGGUAAAAAAUUUGAUAGAAAAGCAGCAUUAUUAUCACAUUCACAAAUAUGUCAAAAAAGAAUUGCAGCACGUACUGAUGCACGUGCAUCAAGACAACGUCAAAAAAUGGCUGCUGAAAUUAAUAUUGAUUCAUCAACAACAUCAACAACAGCAGCUACAGCAACAGUACCAUCAAUUACAUCAUCAUCAUCAUCAUCAACACUUGUUAAUAACAAUAGUAUAAGUGUCAAAGAUAUUAUCAAUACAAUAUUACCACCAAAAGUUAAAUCACCAACAUUUAUUGAUAAAGAUGAUUUACGUAGUUUACCAAAUAUUGCAAAUAUAUCAUCAUCUGUUACAAUAACAAGAUUAAAACAAGAACCCGUAUAUGAAACAUCAACACGUACUAUUGAUGGCAAUGAUACAUGGGAUAAAAAUAAUUAUAAUACAAAAAAAUUUAAUGAUAAUAGCAAAGAUGAUCUUGCAAUAAUAAGUAUUAAAAAAGAAAUUAAAAAAGAAGACGUAACAAUUGCUCCAAUUGAUAUAAAAUUAAAUAAUGUUAAACAAGAAGAUUCAAUAAUAAUUUCACCAAUUAAUACAAAUUUAAAUAAUGAUAUUAAAAAAGAAGAUAGCCAUUGUGAUGAUGAUCCACAAGUUUUAUAUACAAAUAUUGAUCAAAUAAAUAAAAAUAAUUCAACAGUUGUUAGUGGUAGUAGAAAAAGAAAAUUACGUAAAAAUAAAAUAGCAUCAUCAACACCAAAUUGUGAUAAACGUUGUGCUAAAAUUGUUAGUGUUAAUAAUACAUCAGAUGAUAGACCAACAACACCAAUAACACCAGAUAAUGAUGCACCAGUAUCUGAUCGUGUUACAGCAAUUGAACGUAGAAUAGCAACAAUUGCUGAUUUAGAUAAAUUAUUAUGUCUUCUUUGUGAUACUAAAUUUACAAAUAUGGUACAUUUAAGAAGACACAUGGUUAUUCAUAUUAAUUGGAAUCGUUAUCGUUGUAAUUUAUGUGAUUUUGUAUGUUUUGAUAAAUCUGAUGCUGUUGGACACUGCAAUAAAAAACAUCAAGCUAAAAAUAAUAAAACAAUUAUUGAUAGUAUUAUUGAAGAAAUACAACCAGACAAUGAUGUAACAGAUUCUACGAAAAAUAAUCAACAAAAUGGUGAUAAUAAUGAUGAUAAAAUUAAAGCUAAAGCUGUUGAUGAAUCAAUAGUACCUACAAAUGAACACGUGUCAUCAACUGAUGAAAUUCAACAUAUUAAAAAUGGUGAAACAAAACGUCAUUCAAUAUCUGAUGAUGAAUAUAAUGGUUUUUCUGAUCAAGAAAUAAAUGAAAUAUCAUCACGUUCUAAAAAAAGUAAACUUGAUGAAGAUCCAGAACUUCGUAGAAUGGUUAUGGAGGUUAUAUUUGGUCCAGCAUCAACGACAGCAACAGCAACAACAACAACAACAACAACACUUUUAGAUGACACUCAAACAAGUCCAUCAAAAUCAAUUGAUGAUAAUGAUAAUUCAACUAGUACUAGUAGUUCAUCAAGUCCAGUAUUAAUGAUUGAUGACAGUUGCUCAAAUAAUGAUUCACCAAAAUCAAAUGAAUCAAUUAAAUGUCAAGAUGAUCGUUUACGACCAUCAAGAAAUAGAUCAAAACCAAUUAAAAAAGAUUUUAUUUAUGAUAUUGAUAAUGCAUUAAGAUAUCGUAAAACAAAUGAUAAAUUAUUAUCGAAUAAUGAUUUAACAAAUGAUAAUAAUUCAAUUGACAUUUUAAAUUUCAAUAAAACAAAUUUAAAUAAUUCAAUAUUUAAUGAUAAAAAUAACAAACUUCCAGAUAUUAUCGUGGGUAAUAAAUGAAAAUAACAACUAUUAUUUUAACUUUAAAUUUAAUUAUUUUGUACAUUAGUAAUUUCAUUUUCUUUUUUAUUUUUCAUUAAAUACAUUUUUUAUUUAACAUUAUAUGUUUUUUCUUCCAAUAAUUAUAAUUUAUAAUAAUUAUUCAUUUAUUUUUCAUUGUGUAUAUUAUAUCGAGUUAAAUAGUUUUUAUUAUUUUUGUGUUUAUCCUGGAUGAGUACAUUUAAUAAUGAUGAUGAAAAAAAAGAAAAUUAGUCAUCAUGCAAGAUAAAAAAAAUAAUUUAACAGUAUUUAUUUAAUUGGUUAGGUUGACUAUAUUUAAUAAUAAUACAUGGGUCUUGUGACCAUCAAUUAAAUAACAAUAAAUAAUCAUAAAUAGAUAUAUUUUAUCAAUAAGAUUGUACAUUAUUUAUCAUAAUUAUGUAAACAAUAGAAAAAAAUGUUUAAAAAAAAAACAAAAAAAAAAUGAUGACAUUAUUUGUCAUGUCAUCGAAAUCGUACAAUUAUUUUAACUUAAAGCAUUUUUUUUUUGUCGAAAUAUCAAUCAAUUGUUCAUUAUAAUUAAGCUAUGUAUAUUAUAAUUAAAUAAAAAAAAACGAAAAACGAAAAACAAUCAUAAAUUUUAUUAAAAAAAGUAAAAAAAAAAA